UGGUCAAACUGAAUCCAAAAGAACAAGGAAAAGGACACUUUUGCUCCGGCGCCCUCCUCCUCUCCUCGUCGCCCGGUCGCCGUCCAGUGUAGCUGCGAGAUGGCGGCGGCCGUAGGCUUGGAGGACGCUUUCGGCGCCUCCGUCUUCGGCGGGGCCAUGCCGGAGGGACACCCCACGCCGCACCCCGUCCUCUUCCGCGCCCACGCCCGCUCCGCUGCCGCCCUCCGCGUCGUCGCCACCGACUGCCACUCCCUCGCCUGGGACUGCUCCCUCUCCGUCGCCGACCUCGAAGACCUCAGAGAUGAUGUUGGAAUCGGCGGCUCAUGGUCCGACUUCUUGGAUUACCUGAAAUCCUCCUUAUCCUCUGGAGCAGUGAAACUGCUCUUCGCUGCCGACCAACUCCAGAAUUCACCCGGUGCUGAUGGUGCAAAGAUUGUGGCUACGAAGGCAAAGGGCCUGCCUCGUAUCACCAUUGCUCUCAGUAGAGUGACUGGAGCUGCAGUGAGUGAUGUCGUAGCGGAGUUCUCGCUAGCGCUUUACGCUUCUUACAGGACUAUGCAGGAGCAUGCAUCCAGAGAUCAACAACGUAUAUCACAGCUGAUGGGAAGUCUGUCGUCUGAAAGAGGUACCAGAGAAGAGCUCUUGUUGAUGGACUUUGUUGCAGGUUGUCUUCUUCCACAGGAAAAUAAUGAAAUAAUGCAAAAACAACUUGAAGCUCUUUCUUUCCUAGACAGAAGAAAGGCAACAAAGCCAAAGCUGGUGGCUGAUCAGAUUCCAACUGUGUGUGGUGUGACUGUGGUCUCUGAUCAAGUUAUUGCCCCUGUGCAGCAGCAAACACCAGCUUCACCUAGUAAACCCCCUCCAGUUAAAGCGACGAAGCGGGUAGCUCCCAUAUCUCGGAGGUUGUGCAAAGGGCAAGGACACGUGGAGCUUUGCUGCAAGAUAAUGAGGAUGAUGAGGUUGACAGAAAUUAGAGAUUUUUGGCGUUGAUUAAAUUUUGCCAGAUGUAUAUUACAAAAUGUGACUCUGUGGUUAUGUAGUUUUGUGGUUGUUCGACUUGUGUCAAACUUAUGGAAUGCCACUAUUUGCCGCUCAAGUCAUGAAGUUUCAGGACAGUAGAAACCAAGUUCAUAUAUGGAAUCAUCAUUAUUUUAGUAUCCCUUUUCUAUUUA